ACAAACAUGAGUCACGAGGGGCACCUAUAUCAAACGGUACUGAGUUCAAAAAAUUUCAAGCGCCCCGCAUGCUGCAAAUUAUAGUACGUUCCUAGCUUAAAAUUCGUAGUGUGUGAAUACAUUAAACAACUACGACUUGCCUGUGGUGGAAUCUUAGAUCGUGAAACGUCGCAAUUUGAACCAAGCCAUCAGUACUAAUUCUGUUAUGCGUAUGGAAUCAUCGCCAGUGAAAAAUGUCAGGUCAAUUAAAAUCAAAAGGGAAGUUUAUAAAAAAGUCAACGCUUGACUGGAAAUCGAGGCGAAAAUCUAACCUGGUUGCAGCAAGAAAAAAAAAGUACAUUAAAAGUAGUGGAAAGCGUGUGUAAAGGGAGGAGAAAGCAGUAGUGGAAUCCAGGAUGUCCAAGAACAUGAAAUGUUGGAAAUGUCAACAAAUAAUUGGUUUUGAGAACAUCGUUGCGGAAAAAAUGAAUGGUCUGCAUGCAGUUUGGAGUAUCAAAUGCACUCAAUGUCAGGUAGACACAGAAGUACAUACAAGCAAAAAACACGUCCCCAAAAACGAUGAAAACUCAGCAGAUAUCAACGCCAGAGCCGUACUUGGUGUUCUGUAUUCAGGAUCCAGUUGUACAGCGUUAAAUAAAUUACUAGCUUGCCUAAACAUCCCAACAAUGAGUGACCACAUAUUCCAAAAAUAUGAAGAAGAAGUUGGUUCAGCGCUGGAGGAAAAAGCGAAAGAAAUUUGCAAGCGAGCUACCGAGGAGGAACGAGAAGCAACAAUUGAACGCAUGGAGCAAUUGUGUCGUGAAUAUUGUAAGGUCUUUUUCAGAGUUAUUCUGAAAAUCUUUUUCAGAGUUAUUCUGACUCAUGAAAAAUUUGCUGUAUUGUACAUAUAUUUCAAAUACCCCCACAAUUGAAAUCAAGA